UUCCAGCCGCACUUGUAUCACUUAUGUGCUACAAGGUAGCACCAGAGAACGUAUAGCGCCAAUUUUACUAUUGUCUGGUGUAGUGUACUUACAGGCUGCGCCCUCUGCUGCGAACUCUUGCUUGUUUUACAGGCUCGCCUCAGUAAGGUUGGUAAGGCUAAGCCUUGCUGGACCGUCAAAUCGUUUUUCUCCUCCUCUUCGCCGACGGAUCAGCUGUUGUCAGGCGCUGUUUCGUUGUUUACGACUCGGUGCUAAAGCCGACUUUGCCCAAUGUACACGCUGCGGACCGAUAGGCCAGCUCAGAAAUUGGUUUCCUAAUCUCCGUGGGAGGUUGAAAUUGUCUGCCCGGUCUCGUUUGCGCCUGUCGUGCGAGCGAGAAACCCUCCUCAGUGGCGUUAAAUUGGGGCGGUCCGCCUGUGGGGCCCCGACGAGCCGUGCCAUUGUCAUCCUGCUGCCUCCAGAGAGCGGCUUUGCCGGUCGCAAACGGUCAUCCCUGCGCGAAGACACAGCACAAGCGUUGGAGAUGGAAGAUGGAAGCCCGCGACAAACCGUGGGCUCCGACACAUGCCUCACGCUGCGGCAAAGGAAAUCUGAAGAAGCGUCGAAAGCAGUUUCGUGUGGCAAGGUGGUGAGGAAGCAUCUCAUAGUCUUCGACUUUGACCACACAAUCAUUGAUGCCAACAGUGAUGUGUACAUCCAGAAGCUGGCGCCGAAUGGAGAGCUACCUCCAGAAAUCAAGGAGCGGUACACCCCUAAUGGGUGGACUCCAUUCAUGCGUGCUGUGUUCCUCUUCUUGUACGACAGUCAUGUGCAGCCGGAUGAUAUUUUAGACUGCCUGCUAGAGAUCAAGUUUGUGGAUGGCAUCAUUGAUCUGCUUAAGCAACUGCACAAGGCCGGUGGAUUCGAGGUGAUCAUUAUAUCCGACUCAAACUCUGUCUUCAUCGAGCACAUCAUGCAGGCCUCUGGAGUUCGGCCCCUGGUGCAUGAAAUUUUCACCAACUACGCCCAUUUUGAUGCCAACGGCUGUCUGCAAAUAAGCGAGUACCACAUGCAGAACUGGUGCAAACUGAGUUCGGUGAACCUCUGCAAGGGCUCAGUCAUGGAAGAGUACCUGGACCGAAGGCGAAAGCAGGGCGUGAACUUCGACACAGUCUCGUACGUGGGCGAUGGCAACAACGACCUCUGUCCGUGCCUGCGGCUACGGUCCUGCGACCUCAUCUUUCCCCGUGCCGAUUAUCCACUUGCAAAGCAACUUGCUAAGGACCCUGAGCAGACCAAGGCCAAGCUGCACCCCUGGAGGACAGGAUUGGACAUUGCAAGUGUCCUUCUCAAAAACUGUGUCGUCAACAAUGUGACUGAGUAGUGCAAAGCAGCAAGGAGAUACCAUUGCGCCAUCAUCUUCUUCCCUAUGCACUUGUUCGUGCAUGUGCUUUGAAGCAUUGUUCCUUUUCUGUCAGCUGUCAUUCAUGUUGUGUUCCCAGAUUUUUACUGUGCCCAAUGGCAUUGCUGCUUUGGCCAAGCAGUAUUAGAAAUAUUAGCCAUUGUAAAGGAAGUGCCAAAGAUGACUUCCUUUGUGCUAGUAAUUCCAGUGCAUAUUACAUGCAGCAGAGGCCAUCGAAAAAUCGGAAGGGUCUUUCACAUUGGAGUGAAGCUUUGUGGGCUCUAUAUUUUGGCUCACACAAGAAGUCACGAUUAGAAAAACGUUUGAAGUGUUUGCACAAAAAAAAAGAAAACCUAAAUAAACAUUCAGUGUCUAACAUUGUGUGCAUCAUCUAGAUUACUUUAGCGACUGGCUUGCAAGAUGUUCAUUGAUUUUGCACUGACCUAAAAUUUUUUCAUGGUAUAACUACUUAUGCCACUAGUGUUGUGGUUGGCAAAUUAUUUUGCCAGUUGUACUUCAGGGAGAAAGCAGCACAUUGUACGUAUCAAAACAUUGGCAAGUUAAAUAACUUUACAGUACAUUAGUUUGAGAAAAAUCACCUGAUAAAGAUGCUGCGAGUGCAUCUUAUAGCGAAAAUCAUGUAGCAGGUUCAUUUUUUUUUUUAACUAUGUAGCAGCCAUGUUCGUUCAUGGGAAUAAUUUAAUUCACUUAUUCUUUUAGAGGCAAGGCAGUAGCAUAGUGAUAUAACUUAAGCAAAAGCAUUACUGCCCAGGUGUUCAUUGCAGUUCAUAAUGAUUAUCUUGAUUUGUGGCGUUUGUUGUGUGCUGUAUCUAAUAUGUUCCUUGGCUACACCAGCCUGCAUGAAUUCGAGCCUAUGCAAGGAUUCAGAGUUACGCUUGACAGUUAGGUCUUAUCUGCCACUGUUCCUCUCCUCAAUAUAAAAGCACAGAAUGUGUGGGUAAUUACAGUGUCUUGAACAAGUGUGUUUUGCCUCUAUAAGAUUCUUGUUGGGUAUGCUGUCUCCAGUUUAGGGGAACAAACACUCUUGUAGUGAAAUUUUCUGGUCGUUUUAGAGAAGCUGCCCAAGUACUUUUGCAUGUGCUGCAACCACACUUCUAUAUUGUGAGUCAAGAUUUGCCAUUGGAGCCUCGCACGGAGUCUCAGUGGAAGUCGCCUGCAACACAGCUGAAGCAAGCUUGGGUCUUGCAAUACUAUCCCUACAGUGGCACAAGAGACAGCAAUAUAAAGAAUGCUAGACAGGUUCAUGGGGAUGAGGUGAGAGGCGUUUAAAGUUAUGGUUGAGGCUUGAGUCGACAACAUGGAAAGAAUAUUCUCUACUGUAGAGCGAUAUAAGUGCCCUCGAUCGAUCAGUGGAAUUCAACAUCUUUGCUGUUGAUGUGUGCAAGAAAGCAGAGCACUUAUUUGUACUGCCUAUCUAGGUUUUAAAUGCUGGCAGACCUUUAUUUUGUUUUUAUUUUCUGCUCAAUCCUUGACAGAAGGCUCAGUGAACAUCUGAGCAUUUCAUGCAAAGAAUACUACUCAAGGGAGAGAGACCCGAGAACAGUUGACGCUCUCACUCGCGCUGUGUUUUUGGUGGUCCUUUCCUGCUCCGUACCUGUGGUUCAGAUGACACUGAAUGCAAGUGUCUGUGCAUGUGAGAAUGUGUCUGCACCAAUGGUGAAGAGGGAAUGCCUUAUGGGCAUUCGUUUGCCAACAUGUUAUUUUUUUUUUCUAAAAAUAUUCGUAUGUUAAUCGCUCAAAUCUGGGACAAAACACGAGACUGGUCAUGUAGUCCUGCCACCCUUGUUUUAAGAAUGCUGCUCUAACAAAAAGCUAAACCGUUCAGCUGUGUCACGUGGCAUGUCUUGAACUUAUUCUGUUUGUGGGAAGCAAAAUUUAAAGGGGAAGAGAGACUUUUUAGUAGAGCUUGAACAAAAUAGCCUUUUACAAGUUUGCUUCCAAAGAUCUACACUUUUUUUUUUCUCCUAACAUUUGUGAAAAUGCAGCUCAUAUUUCAGCAUUUUUGCGAUGUUGAAGCCAUGUACUGAGUAUAAGUAAGAAGUGCAUAUUUUGGGAUGGUGCACAUCUGUGCAGUUGGUUUGAUUUAAUCUGAGUGGCUUGUACCUUGGUAGCGACAACUUGCUGCAGCGAGCUGCAAGAAAAGACUAGGCAGGGGGCAUUGAUUACCCAUCUUUUCCCAAUGCCUAUUCAUUCUUGCCAGGUUCCUGCCAUCAGAGCUAGCUGCAUUUGCGUUGCUGCCAGGCGCAUAGGAAUGGGAAAUUGUUUGUAGGCUUGAUUGUGCAUUGGUUCAGCAAAAAUGUACGCCAAAGACGAGCUUGUUGAUGAUCUCUUUUAGUUUAGCCUGAACAAUCUACCUUCUUCUGCAUGCACUUGUUGCACAGAGGAGUGAGAGGAUAAUGCUAGGUCAUGUGAGUUACCAUAGUUGUGAGUUUAUGGUUGGCGACACCAACAGAAGUUUAUCAGAGGAGCUUGUCACGGCAGGGUGGGCAUAUAGUAUUGCUUAGGCUUGUCUUUCGAGCAGCUAUCUUUUUAUACAAGUUUUAGACGCUUAUGAAAUCGAGUUGGUGAUGUUAACACUUAUUGUAUGCGCAUACUGCUUGACGUAUGCACCCUGCCUACUCGUGUCUGUUCAGAAUGGAAGUGAGAAAAUAAAAACAUUCCUUUACAA